AAGAUUGCUGUACAAAUGUCAUUGUCGGUCCGAGAGUGUUGGCCGUUCCGUGUUUUUGUGCUUUCUCGUGAGUUUAGAGGGAACAGUCAGGAAAACAAACAGAUCGAACGAAGAAAGAUCGGUAGCCGGUCGGUUGAAGAGCUUAUUUAGCGGGGAAUGACUCGCUUUCAUGCAUUCCUUAAUCGGUGCUUGUUGCUUUUCCUACACAUAUUCGUGCUUUCGAAUGUCCUUCGUUUUGAACCGUGGUAGCAGAGUAUAGUCUAUCCGCUGCCGUGUUGUGUUUUAACGUCAGUGUUUACAGUAUCAAUUGUAGCUAAUUCGACGUCCAUCGAUAGAGAUUGACCGCUUCAAAUUCGGUGUUAAACAUUUAUCGCUAUGCAUACGAGGCGUUUGGUGAAGCGUUCGAUCCUGGGGAGCCGAGUGUAUGCGCCGAGUCCGACAGGGGACAGGACUCCGUUGACAGGAGUCGUAAAGGCUGUCAAGCAGCAGGAAAACAGAGACGUUUCAACCGGACCCUGGCGUAACGUCUACACCGUGUUAAUGCAAGACGGAAGCCUGAAAGAAUUAGCCGAGGACGAGAUAACCGUGGGCUUCAACCAAACGACUGCGAAGGGACCGCUCAGAUCGAGCUUGAAGCAGAGCUCCUGUAACUGCCGGAUGGACGGAGCUCCUCUGCAUAGCCAGACCAUGGAGGCCCAGAAGGGGGAGGCCAACUCCCUGAGCCCAGAGACGGUGAAGGGGGAGCGGGAAGCGGACGGAAGGAGGAUGGGCCGCCCCCUUGAUGGUCAAGAGAGGGAGAGGGCCCGAUCUGUCUCCCUGCUUGAGCAGAAACUAAAAGUGGUGUCAUCCAGCAUCGAUGUGCCCCACGCCAGGAAGUCAGAGGAGGAAGUGGACAUGGAGAAGGUGACAGCUGCCAUGGUUCUGACCAGCCUGUCCACCAGUCCUCUGGUCAGGAGCCCCCCCGUCAAAGUCAGUGAGGGUCUGAAUGGCUCGUGGAAGGACAGUGGUGGAGGCUUCACCCCCUCCAGUUACAGCAGUAGUGGCUAUUGGAGCUGGAGCGGGCCUAGUGACCAGUCCAACCCGUCCACCCCCUCCCCACCGCUUUCCGCAGACAGCUUCAAGCUCUUCCGUAUGCCCAGCAUCAACGGCCCGCCCCCCGACGACACCAUCGACGAACAGGACGGCAGCAGCCUGCUCUUCGACGAACCAAUCCCACGCAAGCGCAAGAACUCCAUGAAGGUGAUGUUCAAGUGUCUGUGGAAGAACUGUGGGAAGGUUCUGAGCUCGGCUGCUGGGAUACAGAGACACGUCAGGACCGUUCACCUGGGGCGUAACUGUGACUCUGACUGCAGUGACGGAGAGGAGGAUUUCUACUACUCAGAGAUUAAACUCAACACAGACUCAGUGGCUGACGGUCUGAGCAGCCUGUCCCCCGUCUCCCCCUCCGUGCUGUCCCCCGUCCCUCCUCCCCAUGACCGCCACAGACGACCCCCUGCAGAGGGCAGUAAGGGGUCCAGUAGGAACAAGGAGAACCACAGCCACGCCCACUCCAACACCACGCCCCUCAGUCGCUCCGCCCCCAGCGCCCUCUACCUCAUCCACACCGACCAUGCCUACCAAGCCACAUCUCCAGUCACCAUCCCCUCCACUGGGUCAGGCUCUGACUCUGGCCCAGACUCUGCUGCCUCCAACUCCUUCACCCUCAGCAGUAGCGCCAACUUCAGCAUCUCCUGGCAGUCACCUCCUGUCACCUUCACUGGCACCGCUGCCUCUCCCACUCACGGUCGGACCCAGAGCUUUGGGGAGCAGCGGCCCCAGACCAUAGCAGUCCUCUCCUCCCCUCCCAGAGCCACUGGCUCACUCAGUCGUAAGUCCCGUGGCGAGGGUAAGAAGUGUCGUAAAGUGUAUGGGAUGGAGAACAGGGACAUGUGGUGCACCGCCUGCCGAUGGAAGAAAGCCUGCCAGAGAUUUACCGACUGAACCAACCAAGUAACCAACCAAGUAACCGACCAACCGCUGAGGGUUGCUGCCUGCCCGUCGCCAUGGAAAUCAGGGGUGUUCCUUUCUGUUCCCUUCCUAUGCAUGCGUCACUCCAAAACCAAUCCUCGGUCUACUCCAUCCCAACCCGGCCCAUCCCUAACCCGACCAACCCCAGCAGGACCAAGGGGGUGGAGCCUACUACUGUCCUGAGUAUAUCCCACGUUAACUCCAGGUCCCUCCCAAGACUUCCAACCUCGGAAGCAGCAACCAACACGCAGCUCUAUAGAGAACAACAACACCAAAAUAACCUUCUGCUUUUUAUAUGUUAAGUUUGUUGUCUCUCUUCUUUCUAUGUUUUGUAAAGCAGCUCUGGUUUUUAAAAGGAACGUUGGUCAGGUCAGGCAUGAAGGGACCACAAAAGAGGCUCCCUUUGUUCAUGAACUUAUUUUCAAACGGAGAAGACUGACCUUUUUUAAAAAUACAUUGGGAGAAUGCUGUAAUAAAAAAUAGAGGAGGGGAAAGAUCUUGUUUUCUACACCCCUUCUUUCCUCACUCACUUUCUCUCUGUUCUAUCCUGGUUCUUCUACUGUACAGUCUGGAUCUCUCUACUCCCUCUCUGCCCCGUCCUCACCCCAUGGAAUGUAUCUUGUGUCUGGACUCGGCAGGGGGAGAGGGAGGGGUGGAUAGCACCCCCUGGUGGGGGAAAAUGGAUAAAUUCCAAAACAAAAACAAAUACCCAGUCAGGGUGCUGAACAGACUAACAUUGCCAGCAGCAACGAGCCCCACACCACAGCGCUGCAUCACAACAAGCAAUUCAACAAACAGCAACACAGGACAACACCGUUUUCUAUCUCAAAUGUAAUGUAUAUAUAUAUCCCUCCAUCUAUCCCUCCAUCCUAUCCAUCUAUCCAUCUAUCCAUCUAUCCAUCUAUCUAUCCAUCUAUCUAUCUCUCCAGUUUACUGAAGCUAAUAAGGGUAAUUUUCUUUCAGGGGGUGUCGAUCAACCGAAAGCAAAACCAGCAGCUCACAUUUAAAUAUAGUUAUUUACAGUGAGGUGUUUGGUCACAUGAUAUCUACCUGCAACCAAAGUUUGUUUUGUUAGGUUUUUUGUACGUGCCAUUUUCUUUAAUGUUGUUGUUUCUCUGUAUCUAUUCUUCUUGGUGUUUUGCAACCACAACAAAGACUGUUUUUGCUCACCAACAACUCCAAAUGUGUUUGGAAACGUUACACCCCUCCGACACACUUUGGGCUGAAACAACCAAGCAGCCGACAGCUAGUCCAGCCGUAAAACAGUGCCACAUACAAGCGACCCUCCUCCUCUACACCCCAUCUUCCAUCAGGGGAAUAUGAACUAAUGUUUUGUCUACGGACGCUAUACCAAAGCCACUAGGUGACCUACAAGAUGGAGGGUCUGCUCAAUACCAAAAUUGAGUGAGGUGUCUCAGGGGGUGAUCUUGUGUUGUGGUGGGGUGAACAUAUCUCUCUCUCUCUCUAUCUCACCCUACUCUGUCCUGUGUUGACCUUCCAGGUCUUUGGGAGAAGUAGUGGUAAAGUAGUGAUAGUAACACCAUGCUGUGGCCGGUCCAGCCCAUUCCUACCCACUAGGCACUGUGCCAUUACUCCUAGAGUUAAUAGGGGAGGUUUCUUUCACUCCAACAUCACUCCUUUAGCACUGCACUCACACUCUCUCUCUCCAUCUGGGUAGGCACAGCACUCACUCACUCACACUCUCUCUCUCCAUCUGGGUAGGCACAGCACUCAC